CUGGUACUUACUUUCUCAUUCUCGUUCUCGUUCUACAAUGGAGUCGGCAUACAAAGAUCUCAAGGCAGCAUUCUCCAAGCAACCUCCAGAUCUCGCAAAGUGUGGCGGCUUGCUGACGAAACUGAAGCUUGGUCUGAUCCAAAGUGGUCUUCUGUUACCUCAGGGAGAUGUGACGAAUCCUAAUGACCUCGUGGUUGCUAGGGAAAUUUUGGAGAUCGGCGCGUUCUGGAGUAUUCGCACACAAGAUGUUCCUUCGUUCGACCGCUAUUUCUCCCAACUUCAAACAUUCUACACGGAUUAUUCGACACUUCCACACUCACAACACGAAUAUGCCAUUCGAGGAUUAUACCUCAUCCGACUUCUCACGCAAAACCGAAUCGCAGACUUCCACACCGCUUUGGAAAGUCUACCACCCGCAGCUCUCGAGAGCCCGUUUAUCGCACACCCUGUCAAUCUGGAGCGUUGGCUGAUGGAGGGCAGCUAUGCCAAGGUUUGGGGAGCUCGCGCAGAGGCACCGGCUGCCGAAUACGGCUACUUUGUCGAUAGCCUGAUGGGCACCAUCCGGAACGAGAUCGCCAGCUGUGAAGAGGCCGCGUACGAGAGUCUACCUCUAAAAGACGCCGCCACAUUACUCUUCUUCACCUCUCAGUCCGAAUUACUAGCCUUCGCGCAACAGCGCGGAUGGCAAGUCAAUCUGAAUCAGGCGACAAUAUCAUUCGUGAAGAAAGAGGAAGAGUCGAUCGAUAUCCCUAAAGAGAAGAUCAUCUCUUCGUCGCUACUAUAUGCUCGUGAACUGGAACAGAUUGUGUAAAUUGACAGACAAUGCAUCCAUUUCUUAUCUCUAUGCAGCGGGAUCGACUGUUUUUCUGGGCUUUGGAACCAUCCGGACGUUCGGGACCGUUGCCGGGGGCAGGUCGACCGCUCUGUAAAAAUGGGAUUCCAUCGGAACCCUGUUGUGAACACUGCAGGCAGCAUCAGCCUUGGCCCUUAGGCGACCGAGAUCACUUGCCUUGCGAUGUGCUGUUUGACAUCGUCCGGGCUGGCCCAACUAGACCGUUCGCCAGGAGAGAACCGACAUAACGCACAUCGCCAGAACUUUUCUUGUAUGACUGCUUUGGCCGCGGAGAGGGACCUGGCUUCUCGGGUGCUUUCCUCGGACAAACGUUCCCAAUUGACUGAUCCGUCUCCCCAAUGGACUUUCAUGCAGUGCUGUACCUGGCAGAGUUUCGAAAAUCACCAAAGAUAACUAGGAGAGAGACAAUCGACGCACCGCCAUGCGCCACGACAUGACCAAUCUAGGCAUCUGUCCGUCGCAUUUGGUUCCAAAGCUGCACUUGAGACAGAUGAAUCGCUCAUCCAGCUCAUCCAGCUUCGCCGUGGUCGUAUAUCUGCUCAAGCUGCAGGCGUCUAGCAGGCGUUCAACCGCCUUCGAUGCCUUUUCGUUGAGGAACAGAUUCUUGCACGUCCAUGUUCUUCUCCGUCGCCCAAAGAACCCAUCGCUGGCCUUGUAGAGCGGAUUCUCUGGGAGAUCCUCCUCGGCGCGCGGCCGUCGGAUAGUUGCUGUGUUACAAGGAUGGUGCAAGCACUCGGGGUACCACAUCACUGGAUAGGCGCCAGCGUCGUAGGGCGGGAGAAAAUAGUGCAGUGCACAUUUGUCUUCGCAGCUGAAAACGCUGAUUGCAAGUUGGAGAUCAUCUAGAGCCGUGCUCAGGACGCGACCAUAGCCCCGGACAAAGUCGUACUUGACAGCGACAUUGAGGCGAUUGAGCUUUUCUAGUUUGUCCGACGCCCAGUCGUCGAUCAGGCCAGAGGACGACGAAAAGAUGCGCGUGAACGUCCCGGGAGUGAUAGCGGUAAUUUCCGAUGACUCUUCCCGACAAACGAUCUCGUCAGUCUGCAUAGGUAUUGACGAGGGAAGCUCAAGGACAUCCUUGA